AUGGUUCUCCAUCAGGAUCGCGGGCCCGAUGUGGCCGCGGCCGUCAUUACCAUGGUGAGACUGGUGCAUGACAGCGGCGCUGCCAUUCUUCACGGCAUCGGCGCCACAAACGCAACGCUGGCGUUGCCCGGAAACGAAGGGUACACAGAGACAGGGUUAUUCUGGUUCUUCCUGUUUGAAGUGUUCUACUGCGUCAACAUCAUCCCCGUCAAGCUGUCGAUCGGCUUGACUCUGAUUCGCAUCGCCGAGAACAGAAAGGGUUAUAUUCAUGCACAGUACGCCGUCAUGGCCAUGUUCACGGUCAUGAACCUGAUUGCUGGCUUCUACAUCAUCUUCCACUGCAACCCACCAGCGGCAGCCUGGGACACGUCACUACUGGAGAAGGGAGGAUCAUGCAAUCCGGCGUAUGUCUUGGCGGACAUCUACUAUGCUACUACCGCAGUCAACAUCUUCACUGAUUGGGUCACUGCGUUCAUGCCAAUUCCGCUCCUGUGGAACCUCAAGGUGAACCGAAACACCAAGAUUUCUGUGGUGGUCAUCUUGGGGCUCGGCUUCUUCGCCUCCGUCUCCGCCUGCGUGCGCCUCAAGUACACGGUCAACCUCACGGCGCAGGAGGACUAUCUCUACGCUCUCGCUGACAUUGUCAUCUGGGGAUACGCCGAGAACGGCCUUGGCCUCAUCGUGGGCUGCGUGAUGACGCUGCGGCCCAUGUUCCGGCGCGUCUUCCGCCUGGGCGGCGACUCGUCGAACAAGGCGAGCAACGGCAUGACGCCCAGCUCGCGCUAUGCUUUCGGCACAGCCAACGGGCGGCGCACGUACCAGGAGUUCGACCCGGAGUACGAGCUGCGGACGGGCCGCAACGGAUCACCCGACGGGGCGUCCCCGACUGGUGGUGGAAACCACAUGACCACGACGGUCGUCUCGGGCCACGGAAAGCUGGAGGACGACCACUCGAGCUUUGAGACGGAGAGCCAGAAGAAGAUGCUGCAGGGGGAUGAGCCGGUCGCGAACCUGCAAUUUCAGCCGUAUGGGAUUACCGUGACGAAGCAGGUCAAGCUGUCUCAUGACUAGAAAGCAUAUAUUGGGUGAUAGUAUAAAGGUUAGGGCGGGAAAAGGUACACGGGAAUAGACACGAUGUUCCGGCGGCAAUGCUAAAUG